AUGGUGAGGCUUUUAGGGUUUGCUCGAGGUUAUGCAGAUGAACCUCGGGAGAUUGAGUCAAAGUCAAACCUGACUGGUGACUCUAGUGAAAAUGGAUGGCUUAUUAGAUUCUUUGAUUCUUCGUUUUUCUGUGAAUGGAUUGCGGUUAGUUACUUGUAUAAGCAUGAUCAUGCUGGAGUGAGGGAUUAUCUUUGUAAUAGGAUGUAUACUCUUCCCUUGCAAGGGCUUGAGAGUUAUUUGUUUCAAAUAUGUUACAUGAUGAUACAUAAGCCUAGUCCGUCGUUGGAUAAGUUUGUGAUAGAUAUGUGCUCCAAGUCGCUUAAGAUUGCUUUGAAGGUGCAUUGGUUCUUAAUGGCAGAGCUGGAGGACAAUGAUGAUAAUGACGGGAUUAGUAAUAUUCAGGAGAAGUGUCAGACUGCUGCCACCUUGAUGGGUGAGUGGCCGCCUCUGAUACGGCCUCAGACUGAACCUCCGAGUCCUGGAGGUAAAAGCCAAGUUUUGAAUAGGUUACUUUCGUCUAAAAAUCGGUUGUUGUCAUUGACAACUUCACCGCCUAAGUCUUUGUCAUUUUCAUCUUCACCGGCUAAUAAUUUGCAAGAGGAUGGUAAUCCGCUGUCUCCUGAGGAGAACAGGAUAUUUAAGAAGUUUAUGCCAAGUCCAAAGUUUAGAGAUGCUUUGCUUUUUAGAAAGUCAGCCGACAAAGAUGACGGUGAUUCUGAAAAAGAUGGGUUUUUCAAAAGGCUUUUAAGAGACAGCAAAGGUGAUGAUGAGCUUGGCCAAAAAAUCCGUGAUGCAUUUCAUUUUCGGAAGUCGUCCGAGAAAGAUGCCAUAGACCCUGAAAAGGACAGUUUCUUUAAAAGGAUCUUAAGGGACAGUAGAAGCGAAGACGAAGAUGUGACUUCAAGUUCAGAAGGAUUUUUUAAGAAGUUGUUUCGGGAUAAUAAAAACGAUUCAGAGGACAGAACAGAUACAAAAUCAGUGGAAGAUGAAGAGAAAGAUGGACUUUUCCGUAAGUUUUUCCGGGAGAAAUUUGAAGAUAGGAAGGAUGGGCGUGAUAGAAAUGACAGUAAAAAUGUUGCUAUUUCUGAAGAGAAAUGUCCAAAACCUGAUGAAGAGGAUGAAAAAGAUGGGUUUUUCCGGAAAUUCUUCAAGGAUAAAUUUGAGGACAAGAAAGACACAAAAGAUAAAAUUGAAGAAGGAACUGCCAAUGGUGAGGAAGGCGAGCCUUCUGAGCUUUCCUUAUUCAAAAGGUUAUUCCGUGUGCACCCUGAAGAUGACAAAAGCAGUCCAGCCAAUGAAAAUAGCAACAAUGGUGGCUUAUUACAAAGUAGUCCAGGUACAGAGAGUUUUUUCCGCAAAUUGUUCAAAGACCGUGAUCGUUCAAUUGAAGAUUCAGAGCUACUGGGGUCAAAGAGACAGAAAGAGAAGCAUCCUGGGUCCCCAAUGCCACAAAGUGAUAAAUCGAGCAUAAAGCCCCCAUUACCGAUUAAUCCAUCUCAGUUCCGGAGAGGGGCUUACCAUGACUCGUUGGAGUUUGUGCAGUCACUAUGCGACACAUCAUAUGGGUUAGUGGAUGUUUUUCCAAUUGAAGAUCGCAAGAAUGCUCUUCAUGAGUCGCUUAGAGAGAUCAAUAUACAUGUAGCAAAGGUUCAGAACACUGGAGGAGUCUGUUUUCCACUGGGAAAAGGCAUGUAUCGCGUGCUUCAUAUGCCAGUAGAUGAAGCUAUUCUCUUGAAUUCUAGGGAGAAGGCACCUUACAUGAUCAGCAUUGAAGUUUUGAAAUGUGAAAUGCCAAGUAAUUUCAAGGAGACAUCCAGUUCUCAAAAGCUUUCUCAAGGUGGAAUUCCUUUGGCAAAUGGAGAUGCUUUCUUGCAAAAACCACCCCCUUGGGCUUAUCCAUUAUGGACAGCACAAGAGGCGUACCGUAAUAGCAAUGAUAGGAUGUCCAGAUCGACUGCUCAAGCAAUUGACCAGGCAAUGACUCAUGUAUCUGAGCCAAAAUUUGUUAGCCUGAUUCUUUCGGUGGAAACGCAGUAUAAUGGUCAGGCAGGGAAGACUUAUAGAGAGGGUGCACAUGGAGCUGCAGGAGCAGAACAUGACAGUGAUCUGGAAUGGGUACGAGUAGUUUUGACAGCUGAUCCUGGGGUUAGAUUGGAAGAUAUUGAGGAUCAAGCGCCGCCUCGGAAAAAGGAACAUCGCCGUGUUCCAAGUACAGUUGCAAUAGAAGAAGUAAAGGCUGCAGCAGCAAAAGGGGAAGCGCCUCUUGGACUCCCUUUGAAAGGUGCUGGCCAAGACUCAUCAGAUGCACAACCGAGGGCCAAUGGAAUUACCCCCAAAGCUAGUGAUGCCUUGUCUGGUGAACUUUGGGAGGCAAAGAAAGAUAGAGUACGCAAGGCUUCCAUAUAUGGGAAUUUACCUAGUUGGGACUUGCGAUCGGUUAUUGUGAAGAGUGGAGAUGAUUGCAGGCAAGAGCAUCUGGCUGUUCAACUCAUUUCUCACUUCUAUGAUAUUUUCCAAGAAGCUGGUCUACCGCUUUGGCUGCGCCCUUAUGAAGUUUUGUGUACUUCUUCUUAUACAGCUCUCAUUGAAACAAUUCCAGAUACGGCUUCUCUACACUCAAUCAAAAGUAGAUAUCCCAACAUCUCUAGUUUACGUGAAUUCUUCGACGCUAAAUAUCAAGAAAACUCUCCAAGUUUUAAACUUGCCCAGAGGAACUUUGUUGAGAGUAUGGCUGGAUAUUCCCUUGUGUGCUACUUUCUACAGGUGAAGGAUAGGCAUAAUGGGAACCUCCUAUUGGACGAAGAGGGUCAUAUCAUUCAUAUUGAUUUUGGCUUCAUGCUUUCCAAUUCACCUGGUGGGGUUAAUUUUGAAAGUGCACCUUUUAAAUUAACACGCGAGCUUCUUGAGGUCAUGGAUUCUGAUGCCGAGGGUCUGCCAAGCGAGUUCUUUGAUUAUUUUAAGGUUUUAUGCAUUCAAGGCUUCCUCACUUGCCGCAAACAUGCCGAACGUAUUAUUCUUCUUGUUGAGAUGUUGCAGGAUUCGGGGUUCCCAUGCUUUAAAGGUGGUGUACGGACAAUACAGAACUUACGAAAGCGAUUCCAUCUCAGUUUAACAGAAGAGCAAUGUGUCUCCUUGGUGCUUUCUCUUAUUAGCAGUAGCCUUGAUGCUUGGAGAACACGGCAGUAUGAUUAUUAUCAGAGGGUUUUGAAUGGAAUAUUGUGA